CGACUGUCAGAUGGGAUGUCUCGUCUUCUGCACCUGACCGUGAAGGAUAACAUGAUUUCUGCUAUCCGUAAUAGUGGCUGUCCAGCAGGGUCUAAGACUUGGCCGGUAGCACUGCUGGCUAGGAUCCAAACCUUAGAUCUGACUGGAAACCCAGUCAAAAUCAUCCAGGCAGGUUCCCUCUCAGUUUUCCAGAACCUGUCAACCCUCUCCAUGGAGUUCUUUGGUAUGUGGCUAGGAAGCAUUUGGGAAUCGGGUAUCAAGGAAAUCAGUCAGCUGGAGCUGACAGGGGAAGUUAUAAAAAAACAGUCUACAAAUUUUAAGGACCUGUGCCAUCUAAUUUCUCAUUUGAAACUCAAGUCCCUCCAACUCAGCUAUAUACAAGCACCAAGUUUAUCUGAAGAAGAUCUGCAUGAGUGUGGAGCAAGUUUAAAGAAGCUGAGCAUUUGGAACUCAAAAAUAGAGAACCUCAGUCCUCAGUUCUGGAUGACUGUGGUAGGAAUAGAGAUAGUGGAUUUGGUCAACAUGAGGCUGACAAAUGCUUCUUUCUGUCAUGCCGCAAAUCUGCAUGAUGCACGUGGAACUAUCUGGAAUAUAACGGCACUAAACCUGGGGAAGAAUUCCCUUACGGUCAUCCAGGCAAAUCAGUUUCAAUGCAUGCCUUUACUGGAGCAGCUCAUACUGAGUGAUAAUAAAAUUGAGAAACUUGAACAUAUGGCUCUAAACGGUCUGUCUCGAGUACGAAUUCUCAAACUUGAUAACAACAAGAUCAAACAGCUUAACUAUUUUGAUUUUGAAAUCCUGUCGGCUCUGGAGAUCCUACAUCUGGACAACAAUAAUAUCGAAAAAAUUGAACAUGGGACAUUUCGGGCACAACAUGAACUGCAGGAGCUAACACUUGGAAGACUGGAUGUGAUCUAUGAGCUAUUCCUCAACAUGAUUUUUUAUGGGUUUCCAAGGAAAAUGCAACGUCUCAGCAUCGAUGCAGGUCCAGGAACAUAUAUUACGGUCGGAAACAGGUCUGAGAUCGAUGGACCCCUCACCCUGGAGCUAAAUGGAGACCUGAUAGAGUCUAAUGACUGCGACAAUGCGGUUUUUAAAGCUGUGCGAGUGCUGAAAGUCAACGGCAGUCAGUUUACAUGCCGUUCUUCCUUCAUGGCACCAUAUUACCCAAACGUGGAGUCCUUUGAACUCAUGGGUAAUGCCGAGAGAAUAGGGAUCCACUACACAGGAAUCAACAAGCUACGCCAUCUGAAGCGUCUUAAACUCACCAACCUAAACUUCUCAAACCACACCAAUCCCAGCAUGACGUUUUGGAACCUCACGAAGCUCCAGAUCCUAAAUCUGAUCAACUGCCGUCUGAACUUCCUGAUGAAAAGCAUGUUUCAGAACAUGUCAUCGUUACAGCUGGUGAGACUGUACACGGUAACUCCUUUGAUCCUGCUGGAUGGAGUGUUUGAGGUUUUGCCAUCCCUAAAAGCUGUUGUGUUUGCUAAGGUAGACUUCAGCUGUGAUUGUGGGAAUGGCUGGUUGUUGGAAUGGGCAGAAAGGACACAGCGUGUGCAGGUUAUGGGUCUGCCAAAGCAGCAGUGUAUCUGGCAUUACAAGAAACUCAACUUCCUGUCCACCAUGGAGAAGCUGUGCCAGACAGAUGUGCAGUACCUCUGUUACCUCAGCACUGCGGUCACAAUAGCUCUGUUCAUGUCCACUGCUGUGGGUUAUCGCUAUGCUCGCUGGCCCUGUCUGGUUCUUUUCUUCCGGCUGAGAGGAUUGGUGGAGAGGAAGUUCGGAAGAAGGUUGUGGAGGAGGAGGAAGAGGAGGAGGGGGAGAGCAAGACUGGGAGAUGAAGAUGGAGAUGAAGAAGUGAAGUUCGAUGCCUUUGUGUCAUUUAGCAGUCGGGAUGAAGCCUGGGUGCUGGGGGAAAUGGCUACGAGGUUGGAGGAGCAAGGACAUCCCAGACUGAAGCUCUGUCUGCACCACCGUGAUUUCGAGGUGGGGAAAGGUAUAGUAGACAACAUUGCAGAUUGCGUUUACAGUAGUCGGUGCACCGUGUGUGUUAUCAGUCGGCGAUAUCUACACAGUGAUUGGUGCAGCCUGGAAAUGCGUGUGGCUACACACCGCCUGCUUGCUGAGCAGAACCAUCGGCUUAUCCUCAUCUUCCUCGAACACAUAUCUCCCUUUGGGCUCUCUGCCUUUCACCGUUUGGCCAAACUGAUGCAAUCUCGCACAUAUCUGGACUGGCCAGAAGACGAGGGUGAGAGAGUACAGUUCUGGGAUCGCCUGAGAAGAAGCAUUGCAGAGGAAGUGACGGUAAGUUAG